AUGGGCCGGGGCGAGGGCCCCCAGGCCGGCGCGUGGAGCGCGGUGCGGGCCCGCGGGUGGGGCGGGAGGGGACGGGACGGGGCGCGGGGGCGGGGAGGGCGCGGCCGGAGGAGGGUCCGGGCCCGCGGCGGUGCCGGCUCUGAGGCUGCGUCCGCUCGGGCGAGGGGGCGGGUUUCCCUGCCGGGAGCGGCGGCGGGGCUCCGGAGGCUUCGCCGCGCCCGCGACGGUCCCGAGCGGCGGAGAGUGGCGCUGCCGGAAGUGUCCGCGCGCCCGGGGAGGGAGCGCUGUGCAGCCGCGGCCGCGGCCGGAGCCUUUCCAGCGCGGGGCUCGGAGCGACGAUGCGCGGCGAUGCCGCCGACCUGA